AUCAAGAUUUUAUCAAUCGGAACGCCUCGCAUCUCAGCUUUAAAUUGACAAAAGGCGGGUACCAGUGCACCUGUCAAAAAGUUUAACAGGAGGUUGGCCAGAUAAGCAUCAUGAUGAGACGUUGUGGAGUGUUGACUCGUAAAGUAUUCGGAUCUAUUGAUAAAGUGAACCCAAGAUGUGGGUGUGCAGCAGCCUCAUCUAUGCCACCAUGUGACUUUAAACCAGAACCUUAUACAGGGAUAAGUUUUGAAGAUGCGUCCAAAGUGCGGAAAGAAAACCUGUCACCAGCCUUGUUUACAUACUACAAGAAACCGGUGAUGAUUCAUCAAGGUCACAUGCAAUGGUUGUAUGACACUGAUGGUAAACGAUACCUAGAUUUGUUCGGAGGCAUUGUUACUGUCAGCGUCGGACACUGUCAUCCGAAAGUGAAUGCUGCUGCAGAAAAACAGAUGAAGAAAUUAUGGCACACAACAAAUAUAUACAUGCACCCAACAAUACAUGAAUAUGGCCGGAAACUGGCGGAGAAAAUGCCGGGAAAUCUGAAGGUGAUAUAUUUUACCAACAGUGGGUCAGAGGCUAACGAUUUAGCACUGUUGAUGUCCAGAAUGUAUACUGGGGUAUUUGAAGCUGUAUCUCUUAGGAAUGCCUACCAUGGAGCUAGUCCCUAUCUGAUGGGUCUUACAGCUUUGAAUACAUGGAGGUUUAAUAGUCCAACAGGGUUUGGUUUACAUCAGUCAAUGAACCCUGAUCCAUUUAGGGGACCAUGGGGAGGAAAAAAUUGUAGAGAUUCUCCAGCUCAGACAAUUCGAGAUUGUGAUUGUGCAGCUGGAGAAUGUAAAGCAGGUGACAUGUACCUGGAUCAACUAGAAGAUGUUCUCAGGUUCUCUAUGCCUAAAGGCAAAAUAGGAGCUUUCUUUGCUGAAUCUAUACAGGGAGUUGGAGGAACUGUGCAGUUUCCAAAGAAUUUCUUGAAGAGAGCAUUUGAGAAAGUGAGGGCCUUGGGUGGAAUAUGCAUAUCUGAUGAGGUACAGACAGGGUUUGGGAGAACGGGAACUCAUUACUGGGGCUUCGAGGGUCAUGGUGUUAUUCCAGAUAUUGUUACUAUGGCAAAGGGUAUAGGAAAUGGUUACCCUAUGGCAGCGGUGAUUACAACCCCUGAGAUAGCAGCUGGUAUGGGGAAAGCUUUACAUUUUAACACAUUUGGAGGUAACCCUGUAGCUUCCGCAGUAGGUGCAGCUGUUCUUGAUGUCAUCGAUGAGGAAAAUAUUCAACAGAAUGCCCAUGUUGUAGGAACAUACUUUAUUGAAGAGCUUGCCAAGUUGAGAGAUCAGUUUGAUACUGUAGGCGAUGUUAGAGGAAAAGGUCUUAUGAUUGGUAUAGAAAUGGUCAAGGAUAAGGUAUCUAGAGAUCCCCUGCCAGGUGAUAAGAUUGCAGAUAUAUGGGAGGACAUGAAAGAUGAUGGUGUUCUAAUGGGGAAAGGUGGUCUCUAUGGAAAUGUGUUCCGAGUGAAGCCGCCCAUGUGUAUUAACAAGGAUGAUGUAGAUUUCACAAUCUCAGUAUUCAGAGAUGCUCUCCAGAAAAACUCUUCAUAAGUUGAACAUUAUACCUGUGAAAUAUUGCCUAAUAAAAUGAUUAUGUUAAUGAACAAUUAAAGCAAGACUUGUUUGCAAUCACAUCAGGGCAAAGAAAUGCAUAUUAUUACACCUGUCACUUUAAUAAAACAAAGAAAUUUAAUUUUACUUAGAAACUGUUUUAUUAGAUCUUGUUUGAAGACAUUUGCUUAUAUUAAGCUGUCAUUGUGUUCAAAAUCGUUUUUUUUUAUCAACUUCAAAUUUUUUAAGGCAAGUUUUGUUAUAUUUUGGUCAUAUUUUUGCCAUAUUUUUUAACUUCUAUUAUUAAACACUUGAUUUGAUUGUAUGUAUUUCCAUGGAAUAAGAAAAUUCAUUGACCUUACAGUCCAAAUUGCUCAGUAAUAUUGUUUUAUUUUUGUAAUAUUUCAUAAUAUUUUACACACAAAUGCACACACUCACAUGCACAUACAUUCUAAAAUAUUGUUUUAUUGUAAAGAAAUCUGAUACCUUCUAUAUAAGUUGUUUGAUAUUCUCACAUGCAUACUAUCACAGGAUAUGCAAUAUAUCUGUUGUUCUCAUUCAAGAAUCUUUAUAUUAUAAUGUUAUUCUUAUCAAAUCAAAACUGGCUAUUAUGUUUGCAUAUAAGAACAUAUCGUCACCUUAGUGCUUCAAUGGGUUAAAGUCCUUCUAAAUUUAAUGGGAUUUAACCAGUUAUUGCACUAAAGUGACAAUAUUUAGAUCUGAAAUUCAGUCAGAUAGAAUGCUCUUCUAUAAUGGUGUUAUUCUUUUUUGUUGUUUAAUUAUAUUUUCAACAAGGAAUUAUUUGGGGAAAAAAAAUUAACAAUUUACUUGAUAUUUUACAAUCACUGUGCUGAAUCUUGGACUUGUCUGGCUAAGAUAUUUGGAACUGUUCAUUUUCAAUAUUGGGGGUAUCAAGAUAGAAAUGUUUGAGUUGCUUAAUCAAGAGUAUAGAGACUAGUUUGAUUGCAAAACAUAGACUGUUCACUUGUGGUUUACAUUAUUUUAAGUAUUAAAGCCCACUUCUUAAAGGUCCUGUAUUUAUCUUUGGUGAGAAAUGACCUUUAUCCACAUGAUUCCCAAAAUGUUAAAAUAUAAUCAUGGUUGUUAAUGGCAAGUGGUUUCUAUUUCUUAGGUGGUUUUAAUACAGAUGUGAUAGUUUAUUGAAUGUGAGUCAUGUAUAGUACUUGGGCUAUUUGUUAAAAAGAGAUAAUUCAAGAUAAAAAAAAUUACUGAAAAAAGAUCAUUGCCAAUUUUUGCUUUUUAUCAUUGAAUCAUAAAAGUUAUGUUUUUUUAAUACUUACUAUGCAAGGGUGAAGACAGCUAUUUUUGUGUACUUUUGUACAUGUAAGUUUUUCCAUUUUGAUACAGAAUAGUUUUCUGUUUGUUUAUAUUUUAUUGUUGUUUUAGAUUAUGCUCAUCAUAUAGAGCUAUUAUAUAAAUUAACUGCUAGUCAGAUAUUUUUUUGUAUAUCUUUUUUUUCUUUAUUUGUUUGAAAUGCCAUUUGACUGGUAAACAAACCUUUUUUACAACAGUCUGCUGUAUUUUUGUUGUAGUUUAACUACCUUGUUUGAGAACAGUUUUCUGGUAAUUAUAAAUAUUUUUCCUUGCAUUUCAUAAAAUGAUAUUAAUUAUUCUGGUUUUGAUAUUAUAUAAUACAUUUACUUUUUUGAUUGUAAUAAAGAAAAUUCAAAUGAGAUGGAAGAAAUAUAAUUAGAUCUUUAUGUUUUGCUCAACUGUCAUUAUUUUUACAGUGGUCUGUUGGUAAAUAAACAAUAUUGUUUGCUGAUCCAUUUUUGUUGGAAUAUAUUUAGCUUAUAAUUAUAUAUAUCUAUAUAUUAUAUAUAUAUCUAUACUUGUUAAAAACUUGUUAUUAUAUAAAGUUGCAGCACUGUUUAAACAUUCCUUGUUAAGUAUAUUUACUGGGAAAUGUAAUAUAAUGAAAUGAUUUUAUAUCAUAUAUGCAUGUACACAUAUGUGUUAUAGCACAUAUACCUAACUAUUACAUAGACCCUAUAUAACUACAUGUAUUAACUAUACACAACGCUUUGAAUUAUUCAUUGAAUAAACAAAUGCAUUUAUAUAUGUGUGAUUACAUAUUUUAAAAUUUACCAUCAUUUUUACAAACAGUACAAUACUGUGGUAAAAACACUGUGCUAUAUAAGAGAGUAUGUUAACGUAUGGUGGCAAAGGCUAAUCAUUUUAGGUACCAGCCAAAUAAUGGUAAAGGUGGUGCUCAAUAAUGAUAAAAGUGCCCAUGUAAUGGUAAAGGUGGUGCCAAAUAAUGGUAAAAGUUGUGCCAAAUAAUAUAAUAGUGGUGCCAAAUAAUGGUAAAAGUGGUGCCAGAUAAUGGUAUAUUUUGUUCCAGUGACACUAGUACCGCCUUGUCAAGAUAACACACUCGCAAGUGUCAAAUACAGACUGAAUCAAAUGUAUUUCUUAAUGCCUCUUAAAGGAAGGUUCUGUAUAAAAGCAACAUCUUAAUUUAGUUUACACAUGUACAUUAAGUGCGCAAGCUAUUUGUUUGUUAUAUAAUGUAUAAUCCCUUCACGGUGCUAGUAUAAGUGUUUUAAUGUAAUCUAUAAACAGUUUCCCCUA